AUGAGCUCCGUCGGUACGCGGCAAUCGUACGUGGAUUUCUUCCGAUACACCAGCGGUCGCUGGCUUUGGGAUGAAGAACAGCAACUUCGUGAGCGAUUCUCUCCUUUCAAUGUACCCGAACUCCAUAAAGUUGCCGCGAGCAGCGUAGAGGCAAACAAAUGUAUCGCGACCGCGAAAUUGGCGGUAGGCUCCUUCAAUAAGACCUUCAGUCUCACGAUGGAUAAUAGUAUGACUGUAAUCGCCCAGAUCCCUCACCCUAUUGCAGGGCCCCAUCCGAAGUUGCAACCAUGGAAUACGUACGGGAGUCUCUACUAUGCCAGCGAGAAUAUUCCAGGCGCCGUAGCAGCAGAAGUAAUUGGUGAUGUGCCCACAGAAGUGAGGAAUACAGUGAUGCACCGCUUUGCUAUCGGCCCUGUUGCAGAAAGAGACUUUUGGAACAAAGAACGCGCGACUAUGCGUAUAGAUCGCGGCCCAUGGAACCAACCGAGAGAGUUUGUUGUUUCCUUGGCCCAUCGAGAACUAGAGUGGAUACAACGAUAUGCCAUGCCAAAGCCGGCGGAUGACCCGUUGGUGAGUGCGGCGUCGCAAAAUUCUCCCAGUUGUCACAUUACAUUGCUUCAGAAGUAUUUGAAAGUUGCCCCAUUCCUCCUCCCCGAUGAUCCCGUUGUGGUCGCGCCUCAUAAAUGGCAUGCCGAUCUUCACGCAGGAAAUAUAUUCGUUGAUAAGGGCAAGAUCUCUAGCGUGAUAGACUGGCAAGGGAUUUGGGCGUCGAUUAUGAUGUCAAAGCCACCCGCAAACUUUAAGAAUCUUGAGCCUGACGAGAAAUUCAAGAUACGAAAACACAUGAGUAGCUCUAUCAUACUCUAUCUCUACGAAAAACAGACCUCUAAGGAAAACCCUCUUCUGAGCAAGGUCUCCAUUUUAGUCAUGGCCGAACAAGAUGAUAUUAUACCAUUGAGGGAGUCGCUCAUCAGGGUUGAGAAAUACUGGAAUGAAUUUGAAACCGACGCUCCGUGCCCCAUCCACUUUACGGAGAGUGAGCUUCAGACAUUUCCAGAGGAAAGUGAAGGAUGGAACGAUGUGCAAGAGUUUUGGGAUUCGACACCCAAUGAUCUUUAUGAUGAAGCUGUGGCUCUUUUUACAGAACUUAGAGAAUUGGGUCUAAAAUCUAUGGUAGGCAAGGAGAGGGAGGAUUUCAAGGAGCAAACACAGUGGGUUGAAAAGACAUGA